AUGGCGUAUUCGGCGAGUCGGUCGGUGAAUGAUGCCGCUGUGUUCCGCCGUCCGCAGUCCAAUGUCGACUACCCGCACAAGGAGCCCGAGUUCGAUCCUCACUACUUCGAGCAUGAGGUCGACUUAGAUAUUUUCACCGAGAAGUGGAUCAGGAAGUUGGCGGAUGUCUCGCCGUUGAAGGACAUCAUCGUCAACGAGCUGAAUCCGGGCCCGCAGGUGAAGGAUGACACGCAGGUCCGUGAAUGGAUCAAGAAGAGCAUGAGCACGACGUGGCCGCACAAUGGUGUCGUCGAUCCCGGGCCCGAGCUUAGGGUCUACGGUACGAACAACAUCCGCGUUAUUGACCUGUCUGUCGUUCCGCUGCUGUUCGCUGCGCACCCGAUUUCGACUGCCUUCGGCCUCGCAGAGCAGGGCGCGGACAUCAGCAAGGGUAAGUUCGAUCCCUGA